AUGCGGGGAUCCUGGGGGCUGCUGUCCUUCCUGCUCCUGCUGAUGCUGAUGGAACUGAUUUACACUGAAUAUUCAGAUCUCUACUUUCUGCAUUCAGCUGGGCCUCCGUUUUGUGUCCAGGCUGUGUUUGUCAACCGAUGUGGGAGUCCAAGAGUCUGUGAUUUUGUGUGUGAUUGCUGGGAUUGUUCAGAUGAAAACCAAUGUGGCUAUCAGAAGGCAUCGGCUCUGGGGGCUCCCUUCACCUGCACCUUCGAAGGCACCAUGUGUGGCUGGGAGGACAUCAGUAACACAGCCUACCGGUGGGACCCAGCCCAGGCCAGCAUCUCCACGGGGCUGCAGCUUCCUUUCGACCACACGCUGGGCACGGAUUUGGGCUGGUACAUGGCAGCGACAAAGCAGAGAACAAAGCCCUCGGGCCCGGCUCGGCUGAGGUCCCCCCUGUUGCAAGGAGCAGCUGCUGCUUGCGAGAUCCGAGCGUGGUAUCACCUGUGGGGAUCAGGUCUUAACGAGACUCAGCAGCCUCUCCUGACCUUGGAGCUGAGACAGGGAAAUCGCACCGUCCGCCUGUGGCAAAGCCCUCCCGGGGGCACCUACUCCUGGCAGGAGCUGGUGGCCUACACCGGUCACAUCCCGGGCAGCUUCCAGGUCACCUUCUCCGCGGUCCAGGGCUCCUCCUCCACAGCACAGCUGGCCCUGGACGAUGUGGAAUUCCGGAACUGUGGCUUCCCACGUCCCCAGACAUGUGGCCCAGAGGCCUUCCACUGCCAGCAGGGCGGCUGCAUUGCAAAAGACCGGGUGUGUGACGGCACCGCCGAUUGCAGGGCUGGUGAGGAUGAAGCCACCGCUGACUGUGCCUCCUUCACAGCGUGCUCCUUUGAGGGGGACUGGUGCCAGUGGACGGUGGUCCCCAACGCCACUCUUCCCUGGCUAAGGAACUCCAGCCUCCACCUGGCCUCGCCUUCCGUGUGGCCUUUGCGGGAUCACAGCACCAACAGCCGGGAAGGCUUCUUCGCCUACGUCGAGACUCAGAAGCCGGACCUGCACGAGGGAAGAGCAUGGCUGAGCAGCCCAGUGCUGGCCCCGGACACCCCCCAGCCCUGCUACCUGGUUCUCUACCUCCACCUGCAUGGCUCAAGCAGCAACAGCCUUAAUGUCUACAGCCAGACGGCAGAAGCUUUGCGGCUUGUCUGGAGCCGCACAGGAGACUUGGGCAGCUACUGGUUCCGAGAGAAAGUGGAUUUCACGGAGGCAAAGAAGUUCAAGAUCAUCAUCGAAGGCAGGAUUGGAAGCGGACACGAAGGGAGCAUCGCUCUGGAUGACCUUCGCCUUUCUCCUCACUGCAGGGCGGUGCAGGACGCCCAGCUCCCGACUCCCCCCGUGCUGCAGCCCUCCAGCCCUUGCCCUGGGGGGCAGUUUGCGUGUGACCAGGGCAAGCGAUGCCUCGACUUCCAGCUGCUCUGCAACUUCAAGGCCGAAUGUGAGGACGCCUCUGACGAGCAGCAGUGUGGAAUGACCGAUUUUGCCAAGGACUCCGGGGGCUGGAUGGACAUCAGCGUGGGCCGCCUGCGAUGGACCGCCAGCCGUCUCGGUCCUGUGGGGCCCGUUUUCGGUCUGCAGGAGGGGCCGGGGCAGAUGUUCUCCAUGGCGCGGGCUGCCACUCCCGUGUUGGGCCCUUCAGGCUUAGGCUGCGUGCUGCAGAUGGAUUUCACCACUGGCCCAGAAGGCCUCCUCGCCCUUGCCGUUGCCGAUGAGAGCCUGGGCACCCACUGGUGGGCUUGGUCUGCCCGGAGCAACGGGACCGCUUCCUGGGCAGAGGCCAUGGUCCCUCUGGGCGCAAGGAGAAGGCCCUUCCAGCUUGAGCUGCUGGCCACGAAGCGUCUCGAUGGCCCCCGGGGACCCCUGCCACUUGCCGUCAGCAAUAUCUCCUUUGUGAACUGCAGCGCCGAAGCCCCAGCCUCAGCCCCCCAGGCAGGGCUGUCCUGCAAUUUUGAGACCGACUGGUGCGGCUGGUAUCUGGAGCAGAACGACGGCUUUGAAUGGAGGCUGAGCAGAAGCCGAGGAGGGGCCGUGGACCACACCACAGGCACAGGCUCUUUCCUGUUUGUGGAUCCUGGUGGACCCUGGAAUCCAGGCUGGCGUGCCCGGCUCGUUUCUGCUCCCCAGGCGGCUGCUGCCACCGUAGUCGAGACCUCCUGUCUUUCCUUCUGGUAUCGCAUGGAUGGCCCCCAGAUUGGGACCCUGGCCCUGAAAGUGAAGGAGGCCGGAGAAUCGGGGGAGCAGGUGCUUUGGACCAGGACAGGGAGCCACGGGGCGGUUUGGCAUCGAGCCGUCUCUUCCAUUUCCCCCAAGCCUGGUCAGAAGUAUCAGGUGAUCCUUGAGGCUCUUCGGGACGGCUUUCUGGGAAGCAUAGCUGUGGAUGACAUCACGGUGACGUCUGGGGCCUGUCUGGCCCAGCACCACUGUUCCUUUGAGGUGGACGAAUGUGGCUUCUCGGUCCCCAAGCAGCAGGCGUGGCAGCGGCAGAAUGGCACAGGGGGCUGGGGCCCCCCUGUGGAUCACACCGUUGGCGAGCCGAGAGGGCACUACAUGAUCCUCUGCACUGGUACGGACAAGCUCCCUUCGGGGCAGGUGACCGUCCUGCGCUCUCGCACCUUCCCUCCUCUGCUCCGCACUCACUGUGUCUCCUUUUGGUACUACCUGAGUGGCAGUGAUCCAGGAUCCUUGACCGCUUACGUGGUGGAGGAAGAGAAGGAACAGGAAACGGAGAUGGGGAUGUUCAGCCUGGAUCAGACACAGGGGGCAGCCUGGCGGUAUGGCAGCUUUGUGGCAAAGGUCCACGGGAGAUGGCAGGUGGCUUUCGCGGUGGGAGGUGCUGGCGGAGGGCUGGCCUCUUACAUUGCCCUUGAUGACAUCUUUGUGAGGGGAGGCGGCUGCUCUGAACCAGGAUCUUGUGACUUCGAGUCAGGCCCCUGUGGCUGGAGCAAGCCCCCCGGAAACUGGUACAGCUGGGACUGGAAGGCAGCAGCCACCACGUUGCGCUCCCCAUCUCCCCAGGAGGACCACACCCUCGGCACCAACGCAGGUCACUAUGCUUACGUUGACCUGGCAGUGCUGAGCUUGGGAAAGAGCACAGCACGCCUGGCGAGUGAGCCCCUGGCACCCACCACAGGCUCCUGCCUGCAGUUCCACUACCACAUGGACUUCCUUGGGCACAGCUCUUCUGCAGAGCUCAGGGUGAGGCUGACUGGGGCCCAGGGGGAAAGGGUGAUCUGGACCGCCACAGGCCAUCAGAGCUGGACUUGGAUGAACCAAACGCUCCUGGUGACCAGCCUCGUGGAGUUCCAGAUCGUCCUGGAGGCCAGCAGUGGAGCCUGGGUGAGCUCAGGGGUGAUUGCGCUGGACGAUCUCCGCUACACAGCUGGGCCGGACUGUGCCUCCCCCCAGGCAGAGCAAGCGGAAGAGAGCAGCAGCAGCAGCCCUCUCCCAGUGUCGACCAUCGGAGUGGUGGCUGGUGUGGUGAGCACUGUCCUGCUGCUGCUGCUUGCGGCCACCUGUUGCCUGUGGAAGAGGAGAGGGAGUCGGGAGAGGAUGGAGGAGGAGCACGGCAACGGGCAGGGUUUUGACAACAUCGCCUUUCGAGACGACAGAAUUAUCCUACCCCGGAUGACUCCUAACCCAGCAGCAUCCUAGGUCGGCCCCUGCCAGCCCCAUCCUGGAGAGGCAACCAGAACGGUCCCUUCGGACUCCAAGGGGGCAUCCUCGAGACCUGGGUUGAAUCAGCCUCUUUUCUUGACCAGAGAUAGCCAGAUGUUCAGGAAGGUUGGAAUGUUCAAUCUAUGGCUACUCAAAAAGGAAUUCAACAAGAAAGUUAAAAUAAACCCCAAAGGAGUAUCGCACUCAAGAA